GUUAAAUUGAACGUUCAUCUUGUAAAAAUGAAAUAUGAACUGUGAAGGAACACCAGCGUGAUUACUUUUAAUGACUCUAAUAAAAGCUUAAUAACGUAACGCUACUCACGAAAGAAAAUUAUGAUUAUCUGCCAUUGAGUAUUGAUCGAGUGAGGCGAAUUUAUGCAGGUGCGCUGCACUUACUUUUGCAUCCGCCAUAACGGCUUUUCUGAAAGGCAAAACUGACAACUCUCUUCACGCUACUCUGCAUUCCCGCCUAGUACGCAAAAAACAUUCUGACUAGUGAAUAGCUAAAAAAUGCAGUCCGGUUGUGCCAAGCUUGUAGAUCCUAUGGAUCUAGAGUAUUUCCUACCAGAGAACAAAAUGGAGAAAGUAGAAAAGUGUCCUCCAGAUAUAUUUUUCAGUUUGGAAACCAAUCCUAUUACUGAUGGUUCCGCAUACAUUGAAGUAGGUGAAAUUAAAGUUUCCUGUUCCGUCAAUGGUCCUACUGAGAUGCGCCAAGACAGCCAGUUAGUUGCAGUGCUUAAGUUUGCACCAUUCUUGUCCUGGUUACCGAAAGAUGUUCAAACGUCUAUUGAAAAAAAGCUUAGUCGACUUCUUCUUAGCGCUAUUGAACCUUCUGUCAUGCUUCACCAAUUUCCAAGAGGUAAAUAUGAAAUAGUGACGAACAUCCUGGAUAUACCUUCACAUAAUUCCAGUGGACUAAUAGGAAACUGUUUAGCUGCUGCCAUUACAUGUGCAGGUUUAGCUUUGCUAAACUCAGGUGUUCAGAUGUAUGAUCUUCUAGUAGGAUUAAAUUUGGAUCUCUCUGCCCUCGGUAAUGAAAAUGGACACCUUUGUGUUGCUGUUUUACCUCGUCUUCGUCAGUUUUCUAUGCUUUAUGCAGUGGAUUCAUGCAUGCCUAACACCGAGUUUCUCAAAAAUUCUUUAAGUCACGCUAUGGACAAUUGUAUUAAACUUGCAGAUGUAAUUCGAAGCCAUCUCUGCGGACAGCUUAAAACUAAAAUAAAAUAAAUAUUUACGGUUCCUUUGUUUUGCUAAUAUUUGAUGUCAAAUGCAGAACCUCAGAAAAUAAGGCUUCCACUAUCACCUGUAGGUUGUAUGACAACAGUCAGGCUUCUCUUUAGGAUUGUUU